CCACUUGUUGAAACUCCCAUCGCCCACGACGCGACAAUAGUAAACAACCAAUGGUGGGGCCAGUUGAUGACUGUACCUGCAGCGUACAGUGGGCAGGGCAGUUUUAACGUAACCUAAGAAUCUCAAAAUUCGUGCAACCGUCAAAACAAAGCAUUCCUAACCCCCAUUCCAACCACCCUCAUCAUUCCUUAGCUCAUUAGUAAGAUGACGUGUUAGUCUGCAAGUGUUUCCAUUAAAAAUGUGGCGUUUGUGUGCUUUAAGUGUUUGUUUACUAGCUCUGGGUGUGAUCGCCCAGUAUGAAUGGCAAGCAAGGGAUGCUUUCGACGAAGUGCGUCGUGCCAUGGACAGAGUCAACAAGUAUAACUGCGAAAUUCAACACGUAGGAGAUUUAUAUUUACCAGAGAACUCUGUCUCUCACAUCCCAGAUAUCAAAGAUGUGAACAUCAACCCUGUAUUCCCCAAUAGAACGCAACUUUUGCAUAUUCAUAAUAUAGCUCUGAGCAGAGCAUUCUUCUGGAGUUACAUUCUUCAGAGCCGUUUCAUUCGGCCAGCUAUAAAUGAUACAUAUGACCCAGGAAUGAUGUACUAUUUUCUUUCGACUGUAGCUGAUGUGUCCACCAACAAACACGUCAACGCUAGUGCUGUCUACUUUUCGCCUAACAUGUCUUAUUCCUCUUCAUAUAGAGGGUUCUUCAAUAAGACAUUUCCAAGAUUUGCCCCUAGGACAUUCAGAGCUGAUGAUUUUAAUGACCCUAUACAUUUGGAACGCAUUUCGACGUUAAAUACAUUUACUGUGAGGGAUUUAGGGGCUGUGCCUAUUGAUACCAGUGAGGAUUAUACGUCGGAUUUUUAUAGAAUAAAUGAGUGGUAUAAGAGGUGGUUGCCAGAUAAAGUAUUUGAGAGGCAUGAUACCAAAACUACAUAUCAGAUUUUCAUUAGAUAUGCUAAUAAUACAAAUGAGACGUUCACGUUUCAUGGGCCCCCAGGAGCGGAUGAAAAUCCGGGGCCUGUGAAUUGGACUAGACCAUAUUUUGAUUGUGGAAGAUCUAAUAGAUGGCUAGUGGCAGCUGUAGUACCCAUUGCUGAUAUUUAUCCAAGACACACGGGAUAUAGGCAUAUUGAAUAUCCAACUUACACGGCAGUAUCAGUGGUGGAGAUGGAUUAUGACCGUAUAGACAUCAACCAAUGCCCUUAUGGUUUGGGCAACAAAGAGGGGGGGAAUAUUUUCGCGGACACAGCUCGAUGUAAAAAAGAAACGACAGAAUGCGAACCACUCCACGGUUGGGGUUUUCGCCGUGGUGGUUACCAAUGCCGAUGUAGACCUGGUUACCGCCUUCCGAUGCAAAUGCGUAGACCGUAUUUAGGCGAAAUAGUAGAACGAGCAACAUCUGAACAAUAUUACAAUGGUUUCAAUUGCCUUAAAAUAGGAUGGGUACAAAAAAUGCCCGUCCAAUGGGAAAAAGCGACCUCUCCAGUUCGAAAUUACUACUUGGACCGUUAUCCGGAAUAUCGUCAUGCUGUUUCUGGUCCUGCAGCCUUAGGCCAGUCCAAAAUUAAUGUACACAGAACUUUAGAUUUCAUUUUGGGAAUGAAUAAAAACAACUGCCGUGAAUAUAAACCUGAGGAGUUGAUUUUAAAUGGUGGUGUUGAGUACGGUGCUUAUGAGUUUUUCCAAAAUGAAGCAAAGAUGGCGCUGAGGUUGGCUAACUUUAUUAGCGCGUUUUUGCAAGUGUCGGAUCCGAAUGAAGUUUAUUCGGGGAAAAGAGUUGCGGAUAGACCACUAACCGAGGAUCAAAUGAUUGGAGAAACUUUGGCUAUUGUUAUGGGUGAUAGUCGAAUUUGGUCGGCAGGAACAUACUGGGAGAGGAAUAAAUUUACUAAUCGAACACUGUUUGCACCGUAUGCGUAUAAAACACAGCUUAAUACUAGGAAAUUCAGUGUUGAAGAUCUUGCCCGGCUCAACAAGUCAGAUGAAGUAUAUUUGAAUAAGCCGUGGUUUUUAACCCUGAAGCAAAGGUGGUUAACGAACUUCGACAGUUUAGAGAAAUUUUACAUGAAGAUCAAAAUUCGUUUCAACGAAGCGGGUGAAACAACAAUGAAAUACGAACGAUACCCCAAUUACUACAGAGGAGCACAAUUACAACACGGACUGUGGACGGCCCCUUACUAUGACUGUUACGGAAAAAUGCCCAUGUGGAAAAUAAAAUACGCGGCGCCGUUCUUUGGAUGGGAUAGCUUGAAAGUUAAACUUGAAUUCAAGGGCGUCGUGGCCGUAACAAUGGAUUUACUAAAAUUGGACAUCAACCAGUGUUCUGACAAAUACUAUGUUCCAAAUGCUUUCAAGGACACCCACAAGUGCGACGAAAGAAAUUCAUAUUGCAUUCCAAUUUUGGGUCGCGGAUUCGAAUCAGGGGGUUACAAAUGCGAAUGUAAACAAGGAUAUGAAUACCCAUUUGAAGAUCCUAUUACAUAUUACGACGGACAAGUUUUGGAAGCGGAAUUUAAUAAUUUGGUUGAUAACAACGAGACUCGCUUUGAUAUGUUUAGAUGUCGGUUAGCUGGUGCCAGUAGCGUACAAGUUAGUAUGCUCAUGGUUUUGUUAAUGAUAUUUGUUAGUUUUGGUUUAUAUGGUAGGAGAUAAAACCAAUGAUUAGUUGCAGGGCUUUUAACAAUUAGUGCCUUGUCUAAAUCAAAAAACGAUAUUCUUUUUACCGUCCAUUUUAAGUUAUAGUUCUAGAAUAUUCGUACAAAAAUUAAUGUAAUUAUGUAUGUUACGUGUACUUGUGGCCUUUUUUUUGUUACGAAAGUGCACUUAGUGUUGUUUAAUCGUACUAUAGGCCGUGAUGCAAUUUUUUUAUUUGUUGGACGAACGUAUUUUUUGUACAGAUGAUGAUGUACAUAUU